AUGUCGUCUGACGCAUUUGUUGGUGGUCGGAAAGGCGACAAGUACCGCUUCACUCUCCUCGCUGAUGGUCUUUUUCGGUACGAAUGGGCCCCAGACGGCGAAUAUGAGGAUCGGCCCUCGGCCUUUGCCGCCAAUCGCCACCAGUGCGAGGUUCCACGUCAUCGUCUAGAGGAAUCAAAACAUUGCAUCGAGAUUUUCACAGAGCGCUUCCAUCUUACUUACAACAAAGCCGAAUUUACCCCCGAAGGCCUCUUUGUAUCUGUAUAUGGUCAUCUUGGUACAACGUGGCGAUAUGGCGACGUGCAUGAGACACUCGGUGGCACUUGUAGAACUCUUGAUGGCGUCAACGGUCGGGCUCGGUUGGAGCCUGGUGUCGUCUCGCGCAAGGGCUUUGCAAAUAUUGACGAUGCCAGCAUGCUUCUGACCAAAGAUGGAUUUGUGGCGCCCAGAAAGCCUGGCUCGGGCAGAGUAGACUCCUAUUUGUUUUGCUACGGCCAUGACUAUCGCGACGCUGUCAAGGCCCUCUAUCGACUGUCGGGCCCGCAACCGCUGCUUCCGCGGUGGGCGCUCGGCAACUGGUGGUCUCGCUACUAUGAGUACACGGCUGACUCGUAUCUGGAGCUCAUGGACAUGUUUAGGGAGAAGCGCAUCCCGCUGUCAGUCGCCGUCAUUGAUAUGGACUGGCAUUGGGUCAAGGAUCCUCGCGUGGCAGAGGCAAGGGCGUCUGGGUGGUCGGGGUAUUCAUGGAACACGAACCUCUUCCCAGAACCGAGGAAGUUUAUAGAUGCGCUUCAUAAGCGAGGGCUCAAGGUUACUUUGAAUGAGCAUCCCGCUGAAGGUGUCGCAAAAUACGAAGACAUGUACCGAGAAAUGGCCAAGAUCCUCGGGCACGACACGUCGCAUGGCGAUCCGAUUCCUUUCAACAUUACUGAUCCGGAUUUUCUCAGAGCAUACUUUAGCGUUCUUCUCAAACACAUUGAUGAUGACGGUCUUGAUUUUUGGUGGACUGAUUGGCAACAGGGCACGCAUUCUUCCCUGCCUGGCAUUGAUCCUCUUUGGGUACUGAACCACUUUCACUUCCUCCACAAUGAGCGCCUGCAGAAAAGUCGUCCCAAAUCCAAACGCAGUCAUCCGAUGGUGUUUUCUCGUUAUGCCGGUCCUGGAAGUCAUCGAUAUCCGGUCGGCUUCUCGGGCGACACCAUCAUCAGCUGGGAGUCUCUCGGAUAUCAGCCCGAAUUCACAGCCACGGCCAGCAACAUUGGUUACGGAUGGUGGUCGAAUGACAUUGGAGGGCACAUGCGCGGUACUCGCGACGAUGAGCUUACCUCUCGUUGGGUCCAGCUAGGAGUUUUGUCGCCGGUCAUGAGAUUGCAUUCUACCAAGAAUAGAUGGGUGACAAAGGAGCCUUGGAAGCUCCCAACUGGCUCUGGCAAAGGUCCGCAGGAUGUCGUCAUCCAUUUCAUGCGUCUUCGUCACAGACUUCUUCCAUAUCUGCACACGAUGAACCGCCGGGCUGCAGAACUUGGCGAACCACUGAUACAGCCCAUGUACUGGGAAUACCCGGAGCGCGAUGAAGCGUACGGCGUGCCCAAUCAGUAUUACUUUGGCUCGCAGAUGCUCGCAGCGCCCAUCACGUCACCUCAGAACCGCAGCACCCAAACCGGCAAGGUCAAAGCGUGGCUGCCUCCUGGCACCUGGGUCGACUUCUUUACCGGCGUGGUGUAUGAUGGCAAUCGCAGCAUCUGGCUGAGCAGAACGCUAGAUAAAACGCCUCUGCUCAUGCGCCAGGGUGCCAUUGUUCCGCUAGACGCUGAUCCGGAAGGCUCCAACGGUGCAGCUAAUCCCCAGGGCUUCGAGAUUGUCGUCGUCGUUGGGGCCGAUGGGGAGUUUGUCAUCCAGGAAGAGGAUGAAAGCGCCGAGGGCAGCGCCGACAGAGCUCCAUGGGUCGGGACGCCCAUAUCCUUCAACCAGCGCAAGGGCAUCCUCACCAUUGGACCCAUUCGCGGCGGAGCGCUCGCGUACUCUAGGACAUGGAGUGUUCGACUGCUAGGUGUGCGAAAUUCUGACAGUAUUACUGCUUCCAUUGGCGGCACGUCUACGAAUGCCGCUCGCACAGAGUCUGUCGAAAAUGGCACCGUCGUGAACCUUGGCCGCAUUGCUCCAGGAGACACUGGCAUUGUGUAUCUAGGGCCAUGUCCACAGCUUUCGGUUAAUGAUCCCGAGUCUCUCAUCAAUCCUAUCCUAUACGACGCUCAAGUGAGCUUUCCGCUCAAGGAACAGAUUGAUGCUAUCAUGAGCCCGAGGGACGUUCCAGCUUCUAUUCGAGUGACGCAGGUGGCGGCGCUAGACAUGGAUCAAGACCUACGUCACAUUUUGAACGAGUUCUUGUUAGCCGAUAGUCGUUCGUAG